CUGCUGGUGGCGAAGAUGGCGGAUGGGGACAGUGGCAGUGAGCGCGGUGGAGGCAGCAGCAGCGGUGGCGGAGGGGGAGGAGGAGGCGGCGGCGGUGGAUUUCAGCAUUACCAACGGGAAGUGGAGACCCAGGAGCUGGCGUCGAAGCGGCUGGACAUUCAGAACAAACGCUUCUACCUGGACGUGAAGCAGAACGCCAAAGGCCGGUUCAUCAAAAUUGCCGAGGUGGGCGCCGGGGGCUCUAAAAGUCGGCUGACCCUCUCCAUGUCAGUGGCGGCGGAGUUCCGUGACUACCUGGGGGACUUCAUAGAGCACUACGCCCAGCUCGGGCCUAGCACCCCGGAGCAGAUCGCUCAAUCAUCCAGUGGUGGGGGUGAUGACACCGGGCCUAGGCGGGCCUUGAAGAGCGAGUUCCUGGUGCGAGAGAACCGAAAAUACUACCUCGACCUUAAGGAGAACCAGCGGGGUCGCUUUCUCCGGAUCCGGCAGACCGUCAACCGAGGCCCCGGUUUUGGCGUUGGAUCGGGUGGCAUCCCCGGAGCCGGUCUACAGGCCGGACAAACCAUCGCACUCCCGGCCCAAGGCUUAAUAGAGUUCCGCGACGCCUUGGCCAAGUUGAUAGACGACUACGGCGGGGAUGAGGACGAGCUGGCCGGCGGCGGAGGGGGAGGAGGGCCCGGGGGCUACAGCGAGCUUCCGGAGGGAACCUCCAUCAUGGUGGACUCGAAGCGGUUCUUCUUCGACGUCGGGUCCAACAAGUACGGAGUUUUCUUGCGGGUGAGCGAAGUGAAGCCCAGUUACAGGAACUCUAUCACGAUCCCCUUCAAGGCGUGGGGCAAGUUCGGAGGAGCGUUCAGCCGCUACGCCGAGGAGAUGAAGGAGAUCCAGGAGAAGGUUAGGGAGAAGAUGUACGAGAGGACAGCCGGAGAGGAGUCGGAGGGCGACGACGUGGACGACGAUUGAUGGAUGAUGGAGAGGAGAGGAAGCUGACAACAUGAUGCAAAGCCUGGCGAUAAACAAGAGAGAUAGGAACGACUAUUCUGUGCAUGACGAAUCGAACUUUAAAAUGCUAGAACAACGGAGUAAAAUAAAUAAAUAAAUAAAUAUAU